CCAGAGUUGCUCUUUGAGCGUUGAAGAGAUCAUAUCUUAAUCGAGCAUCAUGACUGGCCGUGGAAAGGGAGGAAAGGGAUUGGGAAAGGGAGGAGCGAAGCGUCACAGGAAGGUUUUGCGUGAUAACAUCCAAGGUAUCACCAAACCAGCCAUCCGUCGUCUGGCUCGUCGUGGCGGUGUGAAACGUAUUUCUGGAUUGAUCUACGAAGAAACUCGUGGUGUUUUGAAAGUUUUCCUUGAAAACGUUAUCCGCGACGCUGUUACCUACACCGAGCACGCCAAGAGGAAGACUGUGACUGCAAUGGACGUCGUGUAUGCUCUGAAGCGCCAAGGAAGAACCCUCUACGGUUUUGGUGGUUAAAUAUCCAGUACUGUCACCAACCUUACAAAUCGGCCCUUUUCAGGGCCAACAAAUUUUCAUACAAAGGAUACUGUUCAGUUUAUGAAUUUCAUAUAAACCCUUGUCCCUUCACAUUCAUAUAUUUUUUAGUAAUAAAAAUUCCAAUGCGUGUUAAAAUGUUAGUGAUCAUAAUUUUAUAGUAUAUUUUAUGCACUUACAAUAUUUUAUUUCGUCUUCCUAUGUCGUAGAAGUGUUAUAAUCUCGCGGAAUAUUGUUACGUGACGUGAAAUUUAAAUACAACAUCGACUAUCUCGACUAUUCCUUACCGUACACUGACGUUUUCAUUCCCAAAUUUCUUGUUUUCGCUUAAAAAAGACUGCUUCAUAGAAAAUUAUUGAAUCAUUAAGAAAGAAGAGAGAUUUAUCAACUUCACAAAAUUGUUGUUACCUGGCAAUAUGUCCUAACAUUAGAAUUUUAUUUGAAUUAUAACAUUGCUCCACGUUGUAAAAACUUUGGUGG